CAGACUGUUGCCACAGAGGCAUCCAGGAUAUUCCAGCUUGGUGUUUGUUGCUUGGAGCUCCGUGUCGGAAGUCUAAGGGAGGAAGUAAGCAUCUUCAUCGGAAGAGAAGGCCAUCUGGGAAAGAGGAAUAGCAGAUCAUCAGAGGGAAAAACCUGUGUGAGAUCAGGUUAAAGGACAAGCCAAAUAGAAAGGCUGUAGAACUCUGAGGCUAUACCAUAUCACCUGGGGAAGACCUAAAGAAAAAUAAUGUCUCGCUAUGGAAAGCACCCACGCCUCAGCUUGGAGGAGGAAGGUGUAAACUUCCAGGACCCACCUGAAACAGAUGAGUUGCCACUGGUUCCCACAGCUGAGAAAGAAGAGAGAGAGGAAGAAGAGAAGUUAAAAGAAGAAGAGGAAGAAGAUAACAAUAAGCAGAAAAACAAGGACGAUAACAACGAGAAGGAAGAAGUGGAAGAAGAGGGAAAAGAAGAUGGAAAAGAAGAGGGUGGUGAUGAAGUGGAUACUGAAGAAAAUGAGAUGGGAGAGGAAGAAAAUGAAACUGGAGAAGAAGAAAACAUAGCUUCCAUCAUUUUUCCAUCUUCUAAUGUUUCUUUACCUAGUUUCACCCCUUCUUCUCCUUCCUCGUCAUCCUCCUCUUCUUCUUCCUUCCUUUCUCUGAUUCAGAGCAACCUAGGGGGAAAUGUGGGCUAUUCCUCUGGGAUGCUGAGUAUUUUUCAGAAUGCUCAAAGCUUCUUCCCCUCAUCUGCCUUGGGGGGAAAUUUAAAUGAAGCAACCAGCUACCAGGAAGCAAGUUUGGGUGUCCUGCAGGCUCCAGAAAACCCUGAUGCCUUCUUGAAUAUUGUGAUACAAGAAAAGGCUACUGAUUUGGUGUUUCUUUUCAUUUACAAGUAUAGAAUGAAGGAACCCAUCACAUUAUCAGAAAUUUAUGAGGUUGUCACAAAAGAUUAUGAGAACCAUUUUCCUGUCAUCUUCAUUGAAGCUUCUAGAUGCUUGGAGAUGACCUUUGGUAUUGAUAUAAAGGAAAGUGAACUUCUAAGCAGUGCUUAUGUCUUUGUCAACUCACUGAACCUUACCUAUGAGGACAUGCUGAGUGACAAUGAUAGACUGCCUAGAAAUGCUUUUCUGAUAGUUAUUCUGGGUGUAAUAUUCAUAGAAGGGAACUGUGCUUCUGAAGAACGAAUCUGGGAAUUCUUGAAGUUGGUGGGAGUGCAUGAUGGGGAGGAGCACUUCAUUUGUGGGGAUCCCAGAGAGUUCCUCACCAUAGAUCUAGUGCAGCAAAAUUACCUGGAGUAUAGGCAGGUGCCUGAUAGCCAACCUCCACGCUUUGAGUUCCUGUGGGGUCCAAGAGCCUAUGCUGAAACUACCAAGAUGAAAGUUUUGGAGUUCUUGGCAAAGAUGAAUGGGUGUGAUCCAACUGAUUUCUCAGGCUGGUAUGAAGAGGCUUUGAGAGAGGAAGAAGAGAGAGCCUGGGACACGAAUAAUGGUGCAGAUGGAAGCCCAAAUUCGUGGCUUGUAGAGCGAUGAUUAUCAGUUUCUCUUACCCAGUUUGAAGGAUCUGUUUUUCAUGGGUUCACUCUAAUUUUGAAAAGAGCAGGAAAUUUUUAAGUAGAGGAAAUUCAAUCUUAGGCUCAGUAGAAAAAGUUUAGUCACUAUGUUAAUUGGAGUUUUGCAUAGAUGUUUAACUUUGGGUUUGUUUUCAAUGUUAUUCCUUAUAAGCAAAAGUGGAUUAGCUUUAGAAUCUAUGACAUAAACUGGUAACACACUUAUUAUUUUCUUUUAAAAAUAUAUAGUGGAAAAUCAUGUAAUGUUAACUUUUGAAUUGAUUUAAUCCUUUUAGUUUAUUCUGUAAAGGUAAAAUGCAAUGUAUAUUUACCAGGCUCAUGUAAGUAAACAGGUCAUAUUAAUAAAUCUUA